CCUUGCAGUCAGUGAUUAUCGAUUAACACUGAACGAUCCAAAGUUCAACACUAAAACACAAUCACAUAGCAUAGUAGCGAUUAUAGGAGUAGCAUGCACUUGAACACAUUCUCCUGCAGAGUUAUGCUCAAACUUUUAAACCAGGUUGUCGUCGCUUCGAGCAAACCGCUCGGUGCUCGACAUGCAGCAACCGCCCUCGUUCUGGGAAGGAGUUCCGCGAGAGACUACUCCAACAUGAGGAAAAAUGGCUACCCGGGACCGGGAGGAGCGACCCAGACCCGGGUGGUGGACCUCCGCAGCGACACGGUGACCAAGCCUGGGCCGGCGAUGCGGCAGGCCAUGGCCGAGGCUGAGGUCGGAGAUGACGCGAUGGGAGAAGACCCGACAGUCAACGAGUUGCAGAAGAUUGCGGCUGACAUGUUUCAGAUGGAGGCCGCACUGUUUGUUCCCUCUGGAACUAUGAGUAAUCUUAUCGCAGUGAUGAUGCACUGCAGGGAGCGCGGCGACGAGAUGCUUGCUGGCGAUCUGUCCCAUAUGCACAUCUACGAGCAAGGAGGGAGCGCACAGGUGGCCGGUGUCCAUGCCAGCUUAGUAACCACGCUCCCUGACGGAAGAUUGGACUUGCAGCAGCUGGAAUCAAAGAUCCGCCACGGUUACCCCGACCCACACUACCCCCGCUCACGCCUCAUAUGCGUGGAGAACACGCACAACGUACUAGGGGGGCGUGUGCUACCUCUGACCUUCCUGCAGGAGGUUCGUGCUUUAGCAGACAGAUAUGGUCUGUCUGUUCACAUGGAUGGAGCCAGGGUGAUGAACGCUGCUGUAGCCCAGGGGGUGCCUCCAUCCACCAUACUGCAGCACACACACACCGUCAGUGUGUCGCUCUCUAAGGGUUUGGGUGCCCCCGUGGGAAGCAUACUGGCUGGACCUCAAGACUUCAUAUCCAGGGCAGUACGGUGCCGUAAAGUCCUGGGUGGGGGGAUGCGGCAAGCUGGCAUAUUAGCAGCAGCUGGGAAACUGUCACUGCUGGAGAUGGUGGGAAGACUGGAGGAAGAUCACCGCAGUGCAAAAAUCUUUGCUCAAGCUCUGCACGACUGUGACCCUCCUCUGUUCACUAUAGACAUGGCCUCUGUGGAGACGAACAUCGUGCGUUUCCAUCUGCAGGAGCCCAGUUUAAGUCCCUCUGAGUUCUGUGCCCGCAUGGCUCAGGUUGGCGAGGGAGAGGAGGCUGCACUGGGACAGCGGAUACACGUUCUCAUGUUCCCCCUUCAUGGAAGUUCUAUACGGGCUGUGUGGCAUCUUGGGAUCUCCCCUGAAGAUACCCAGCUGGCCAUCCAGAAAAUGCAAUUUGUAGCUUCUCAGUACUUGAGGGAAAAACUUGGGAAGCAGUGAAAUCUGAUACUUCCCAAAAUGAUAUAAUCUAACCACCAGUACUGAUCAAAGAAAAUCCACACAGUCUAACAUAGAAAAAGAUUGAAGGAUGUUAAAUAUAGGACAUACGACUUCAACCACUUUGGAUAGUAGACAUCUUUAUAGGAUUGUUAAUUUUCACCCAUUUCAGCUUUUUGCAGUUAUUAUUCAUUAAAUUAAAUGAACCAUUGUCUUUUAUUGAAGAUUUUGGAGGGGAUAUUUUAUUGGAGAGAUAAUGUAGAGAGACCACAAGCAAGAACAUUCAAUAAAGGUCCUCAGUUGAUACAAGUCAGGGAUGCUGCAUCUUAUGUUUUGCACCCUAACCAGGGCAUUUCUGUUCCAUUAUUUUUCAUUGGGAUACAUUGAUAAUACUUUGAUGAUUUGAAUUAUAGUUUAUUGUUAAUAUUAACAUCUUAUUAAGAGGGAUAUGGUUGUACAAGACCACAUUUUCUUGUAAUCUUGUGGUCGGUCACUAUUGUAAAAAGUUGAUAUCUCAUAUUUCUGUCCACUCUACAAUUUAGCAUAAUCUGAAGAAAGGGGGUUUACGUUGCAAUAAUUAAACAGCCACAAGAUGACA